GCCCUAUUUCCCUCCUUCCGCCCUUUCCGACUCUCUCCCCCCAUCCGCCGCCGCCUUAAAGGGACCCCGACCCCCAUUCCCCCCCCCGCAAAGCCCCCUUCAGACCCCCCCAAACCCCCCUUAAGACCCCCUUAAGACCCCCCCAAAAUGGAUAAACAGGGCAGGACGGACUGCCCGGCCCUUCCACCGGGUUGGAAGAAAGAAGAGGUGAUCCGUAAGUCGGGUUUAAGCGCAGGCAAAAGCGACGUGUAUUACUUCAGUCCGAGCGGGAAGAAGUUCCGAAGCAAACCUCAACUUGCCCGUUAUUUGGGGAACGCCGUGGAUUUGAGUUGUUUCGAUUUCCGCACGGGCAAAAUGAUGCCGAGUAAAUUACAGAAGAAUAAACAGAGAUUGAGGAACGAAUCGCUUCAUCCCAAUAAGGGCAAACCGGAUCUCAACACGGCCCUCCCCAUCCGGCAGACGGCGUCCAUCUUUAAGCAACCCGUCACCAAAGUCACCAACCACCCCGACAACAAAGUCCGUUCCGACCCUCAACGCCUCGCAGACCAACCCCGCCAGCUCUUCUGGGAGAAACGACUUCGGGGUCUCAGCGCUUCCGAUGUGGGGCAGGAGAUCCUCCGGGCUAUGGAACUGCCCAGGGGGCUGCAAGCCCUUGGUCCCGUCCCGGACGACGUCACUUUGCUAUCGGCCGUCGCCAGCGCUCUCCAUGUCGGUUCUGUUCCCGUUACCGGACAGCUUUCGAGUGCUGCAGAGAAGAAUCCGGCGGUGUGGCUCAAUUCUUCCCAACCUCUUUGCAGAGCUUUCGUUGUCACCGACGACGACAUCCGGAAGCAAGAGGAGCGGGUGAGGCGCGUGAGGAAGAAACUGGAAGAAGCACUUCUGGCCGGCGACCCGGCGGGGUCACGGGGUCAAGACGAGUGACCUUUGACCCCUGGGCCCUGAGGUCAAAGGUCACGGCUCGGGGGGUUGGGAAGGGGUCAAAGGUCGCCUUCUGUGCACUUUUUGGGGGGGGGGGGGUGAAAAAAAAUGGGGAAUUGGGA